AUGGGUGAGGUCGAUGAACGUCAGGCCAUCGCCGCAACGCACGCCGCCAUCGAUUCCGGCGUAACGUUCAUCGAUACCGCUGAGGGUUAUCGAACGAGCGAAGACGUGUUGGGUCGGGCGUUGGAAGGACGACGGGACGACGUGUUCCUCGCCACGAAACUUUCCGGUGACCACUCCGUCGAGCACAUUCGUAAAGCCCUGACCAACAGCCUGAAAGGCCCUUCGUACCGACUACGUCGAUCUGUACCAGAUCCACGGCCCGAAACCGGAGUGGCCUAUCGAGGACACAAUGGCGGAACUGGAGUCAUCGCGCAUUCACCGCUGGCCAAAGGUCUUCUCACCGGAAAAUACAGCGCCGGGCAUGAAUUCCCGGAGGGCGAUGAGCGUCACGACCACCCGUACUACGGUGGGUCGGUGAUGAGUACGGCCUUCGCAGUGGCGGACCGGCUCCGUAAUUGGGCAUCCGAUCACGGCCGAAGUCUCGCCGAUCUUGCGAUUGCCUGGACCCUGGGGCACCCGGCCGUCACUUCGAGUAUCGUCGGGGCCAAAACGCCCGAGCAGGCCCGUAUGAACGCCGCGGCCGGGGACUGGGAACUCGAUCAAAACGACAUGUCCGAAAUCGAUCGCUGA